GAUGUGAAGCCCAACCCCGUCCGUGUGAAGGCUGCCACAGACUCCCUGAGGGCCAAGACGAGUAUCAUCGAGGGCCUUGAGCCGGAGUCGGCGGCUUGCAUCCGCCCCUGCCCUCCAGAUGCGAGGCCGAUGAUUGGCAAUGUCAUGGGGGACGUCUACCUGGCUUGCGGCCACAACUGCUGGGGCAUUCUCUGGGGCCCUCUCACGGGCCAGAUCAUGGCGGACCUCGUCACAGGAGCGCAGCCCUCCGUGCCACUUGCAGCCUUCGAUCCGCUGCGGUUCGCGCCGCGCGCAGCGAAAAGAGGUCGCCACAUGGUGAGCCGGCCAGUCGGCGAGCAGUGGUAG